UUGAAUUAUUAACAAAUUUUUUGUAGGUUUUUACGAAUUAAAAAUUUUGUGAAAGAAAAUAAAUACAUAAAUUAAUAUUUAAAACAACUUAUUUUUAUUAGUAGAAUAAUGUCUAAUAUAGAAUGUUUGGUGCAUAACAGCUCACCAAUUAUGUUCAUUUGCCUUGAUAACAACUGUAGAUAAAAGCUGUUUUGCUUUAAAUGCUGCCAAUAAUUUAGAAAGGAGCAUAGCUUUGUUAAAUUCACUGAUUUUAUGCAAAAUUUAGAAGCACUUUCAAACAAUAAUUUCAUUUUAGACUAAUAUUAAAUUUCAGCUAAUUCUACUUAGCAAUAAUAGAAAGAAGAUUUUUAAAGUACAUUCAUAACUAAAUCAAAUACCCCUCAGAAUGAAACAAAAGCAUCUCAGUAAUAAGAAGAAAGUUUAAUCCAACAAUGCUUUUAAGGAAUAAACAACUAAUUGAGGAGAGACAUUGUUAAAGAAGAGUCUGAAAAAAUAAAAUAAAAUUUACAAUUAAUCUAUAUUGAGUAUAUUGAUGAACUUUUUGAUAAUGCAAUCUAAGAGUUUGCUAAAUCUCUAGAAAAAACUAGAUAAACCAUUAACAACUAACUCAUAGAAUAUUUAGAAAACACCUUAAAUACAGAUACUGUAUUUUCUAAUCAAAGCGAUAAUAAAGUUGCAUAAAUUAUUUUGGAAAUAAACAAAGCAAGUAACUAUCAAUAAUUAAAUGAAAGUCUUAUAAAUCUCCAUUAGGGCCAGUUACACUUACAAAUAAAUUAAGAAAAAAUUGCUGGUAAAUUAGGAGAUUUGAAUUAGAAAUUAGAUGAAUUUUUUGCUCAAAUUUAGAAUCGAAUUACCUUUGGGUUGAAUUCCUGCGUGAACGUUUUAUAAACUAAGCAAGUUAAUUCCGCUACUGCUGCUGCUAUUAAAAAAUUAUUCUAGUCAAAUAUAAUCCAAAAAAAUCAACCAGGCGAAUAUAAAUUUUCUCUCCGACAACCUAAGAAUUACAAUAGUAUUUUACAAAGUUAAAUUACUUAGCAAUCUUCAAUGAUAAAUUCUGGGUAUAAUUCUUCAAAUCAAGGUAAUAGCUAAAGGAUUAGCUUUAGAAUAAAGAACUAAAACUAAAAGAAAAUUGAUAAUUUUUUAAGUCUCUCUCCUACAACCUAGUUAUAAAAAACAAAAUCAAAUUCAAUUAUGAUCACUCAAGGUAACAAAAUAACUCCUACAAAGCGUGUUAAAUAAAUUACAACAGAGCCAAGUUAAAUUUCACCUCAUACUUAACAUUAAUUAUAGCUAUAAAAUACAUUUCUAGUCAAAAAGAAAUCUACAUUUCAUUCAAAAGAAGAAGAAACAAAUGAUUUAAAAAAAUUUUUUACCUCCUAAUCUAGAGAUGAAACAUGUGUGACUAAAUAAUAAUAAAAAAAAUAAAAUCAAAGCAAUGGAUAACUAAUUCAGUAGAAACUCUAAGAUGGCACUUUAAUUCAGUAAAUGAAAAUAAACCCUAAUAAAAUAUUAAGUUUUAAGAUAGGUCAAAGUAAUCUAGAAAAGCCUCUAUAAUUUUUCUAAAAUGAUUACAAGGUAUAGUAAGAAGAUUAUGUUUAUCGUGAUUAAUAAAAAAAGUAAUUAGAUUAGAGUGCAUUUUCUAAUACUUCAUAGUAGCUGUAACAGUCAAAACAAGUGAGCUAACUUUAACUAUUGAAAAAAACACCAAAAAAUUAAAAUUUAAUAAACUAUAAAAUAGAAGCAAUUUAAGUUUUAGAUCCAUAAUUUGAUGAUACUUUAAUAUAAAAUAGCAUGAUAGAUGAGAAUAGCAAAACACAAGAAAAAAAUUAGUCUCUUUUCAGUUAAUUCCAAUCUAAUUUAAAUAAUAAUUGUGUAGAAAACAUUUAAAAUUUUAAUUAUUUUAAAAGAAAUUCUAACUAAAUUUAGCAUGUUGUUGACAAUCAAAAGUAAAACAUCAAAUAAAAAAGCGUUACUGAAAGCUGCUCAUUAGUAAUUAUCAAUUAGAGUGAAAAUCUAAUUGAUUGUUAAGAAGAAAAUGAUAUAAUUUUUUCUUUAAAAGAUUAGAGUGGUGUGUAAGUAUAAAAUACUUAUUUUACUAAUAACAAUAAUUUUAGUUAAAAUAUAAAAUAAGUUAAUUGA